AUGGGUAAGGCAGAGUUUGGAACAGCCAAGUAUAUCAGCAAACAAUUAAAAGCUAGAGGUCUUCAAAAGCUUCGAUAUUAUUGCCAAGUAUGUAAAAAGCAAUGUAGGGAUGAAAAUGGGUUUAAAUCACACAUCCGGUCACCUCAUCAUUUGAAGAUGAUAUCCAACGUGAAUGAGACUGAUAUUCAAGAGUAUACACAAUUAUUCGAAAAGGAUUUUCUUCGGUUGCUAAGAACUUCUCAUGGUGAAAAGAAAAUCGAAGCAAACAAAUUUUAUAAUGAAUUCAUUCAAGAUAAAGAUCAUAUACACAUGAACUCUACUACAUUUACUUCUCUUACGAAAUUUAUACAGCACUUAGAAAAGACAGGCAAAAUACAGAUACAUGUUGAUAAAGCAAGCGUUAAUGACGGAGAAUUGGUUGGGAAUAAUAUUGAUAUGGGGCAAAGUUUAAUAAGUUAUAUCGAUCGAUCUCAAAAUGCUAUUGAGCAUAAUGAAAAAAUAAGAGCAUUAGAAAAUGGUCAAAAGACAGAACAAGAAAUAAAACAUAUCUUACUCAAACAGCAGAUAGAGAGGGCAAAAAAACAGGAACUAGAAGAUAAACUUGACGGAGAUGUAUCUAAAAAUAACGAUGUACCUGAAGAGGAAUUUAAUGGCAAGAUAUCAAUAAAUUUAAAUUCCAGUAGCAAAACCUCCGAUACAAACACUCAGAAUAAAGUGAAGAAACAAAAAAGAAAGAAGAAAAAUGUUUUUAAAUCAUGA